CGGUCACGUCCGGUAGGUGAGGUCAGGGCCGGGGCCGCCAUUUUGAGCGGCUCCGCGGGCGGCGGCGGCCGCGGGCGGGGGAGGAGCGCGGCCCCCAUGGCCGGACAGUUUGACUCCGAGGACCGGGCGAGCUGGUACUGGGGCCGGCUGAGCCGUGUCGAGGCCGUAUCGCUGCUGCAGGGGCAGCGCCACGGCACCUUCCUGGUGCGCGACUCGAGCACCAUCCCCGGCGACUUCGUGCUGUCGGUGUCCGAGAGCUCCCGCGUCUCGCACUACAUCGUCAACAGCCUGGGGCCGGCGGGAGCCCGGCGGGCCGGCAGCGAGGGCCCCGGGGCCCCGGGGUCGAAUCCCACCAGGUUUCGAAUAGGUGACCAAGAGUUUGAUUCUUUGCCAUCUUUACUGGAAUUCUACAAAAUUCACUAUUUGGACACUACAACCUUGAUAGAACCCGUUUCGCGCUCGAGGCAGAAUAGCGGGGUUAUCCUCAGGCAGGAGGAGGCCGAGUAUGUGCGAGCCCUCUUUGACUUUAAUGGCAAUGAUGAGGAAGACCUCCCCUUUAAGAAAGGAGACAUCCUGAGAAUCCGGGAUAAGCCUGAAGAGCAGUGGUGGAACGCAGAAGACAGCGAAGGGAAGAGGGGAAUGAUACCCGUUCCUUACGUCGAGAAGUAUAGACCUUCCUCUGCUUCAGUCCCCACUCUGAUUGGAGGUAACCAGGAUAGUUCCCACCCACAACCACUGGGUGGGCCGGAGCCAGGGCCCUAUGCCCAGCCCAGCAUCAACACUCCGCUCCCUAACCUUCAGAAUGGCCCUAUUUAUGCCCGGGUUAUCCAGAAGCGAGUCCCUAAUGCCUACGACAAGACAGCCUUGGCUUUGGAGGUCGGUGAGCUGGUAAAGGUCACAAAGAUUAACAUGAGUGGUCAGUGGGAAGGAGAAUGUAAUGGCAGACGUGGUCACUUUCCAUUCACACACGUCCGUCUGCUGGAUCAACAGAAUCCUGACGAGGACUUCAGCUGAGUGUGGCUCAACAGUUGCUCUUACAGAUGGGAACAAUCUCAACUUGUUUUUAUUGCAGAUGCCAUCAAGACUAAGCUCAGACCGACACUGCAAGUGGUAUUGCUUGGAUAAGCAUUCUGAUAACCUGCAAACCCCUGGGACUCAACACCACCAUUCCUUAAGCAAGGGUCAUGUAAUUCAGGGUACGACAGUAGAUAACUCAUGUGUCCAGUGGCAGAACUAGGCCAUGAUUAUAGGUUGUAAUGCCUGCUUAUGUCCACGUGCACGGCAGCCUGGACCUUGCCAGCAGCAGCAGCUGGAGAAAGCAGUGCUGUAGAUGUUCAGAGAACAUUUACAGCUCUCUCCGGGCCCGUUGCUUAUGUUGCUUCUUCCUCAGGCAAUGAAGAUCAACCGUAGACAAUUCAAUACCUUGAUAGAAAUUUCACAAAUUUAUCCUGGAGCUCUCUCCGUGUUUUUUUCCAUCCUGGGUUCUCUGUUCCUAGAAAGGCUCUGCAGUGCUCUGCAUGGUCAGUUAGCUGUGCACAGCACAGACUGAUGCAGGACCCGUUGGGCACAGCCUUAUGAUUUACAGAUCCUUACCAUUUUCAUGGUAAAUGACAGAUCCAAUCAACCUCAGAAUUCUAGAAGCUUGUGGACACUAGAUUGAUUUCUUCAGUACUGUUGAUGCUUCAAACAUAGCAGCUGAUUUUAAUUUAAGAUUUUUAUUAACACACAGUAUCUCCUUUUAUCUACAAAUACAAGGCUUAUGGAAGUGUAAACCUCCAUAUCAGUGCUGAAAAAUACAUGCAUAGCACUUUAAUACGUAGCUUUAAAGCAGUGUUUGAUUCACUAAAUAUACUAAAAUAUUGACACUGCUUUCCAAUAAAAUUAAAUUGUGUAGGGCUAGUUUAAUUUUUCUAGAAUUCUUCAAUAUUGUACAAUACUGUUACAGUACAAAUCAGUGUCAAACACGGUGAACUGACAAACCAAAUAUUAGUUUUAUUUUAAAGACAGUCUGGGGACUCUUCUGGUUUAAUUCCCAUCUGUAAAAUAUUUGAUAGUGAACUCAUGAGGAUUUUAUUUUUAAUAAACUAAUGGAAAAUAAUUGUCUGCUUCUGGAUUGAUUCUCAAAAGGCAUAAUAGAGUAAAUAUGGCUUCCUAGCUCAUGAUGAAAAUCAGUACAUUGAGUAGGCAGUAUUAUGCACUGCUUGAUGGUUGUUUUAUAGUCUGUUCUUCUAAUUAUCUGGUUUUCUCUAAUAUAAAUCAGAAUGGAUUUAGUAAGUUUUGUAAACUGAAAUUAAACACUGAAGUAACUCUCCCUUGCCUGUACCCUGAGUUGUUUUCCAAACACAGCACUCUGAUGACCAAACUAAAUUUUGUAACUUUGUCUACAGUAUAAUCCAUGCAGAAGGGUUUUUCUAAAUAGUGUCAGACUGAAACUGUUGGGUUUGGUUACUUCAGACCCGUGUGACCCCAAGGCUCAUGGGUUGCACGUGCUGCAAAGGCCUUUGCUGCAAGGCACCGACCUUACAACAAUACUGGUAACACUUUACCUCAGAACUCUGUAACAUGCUGGAAAUUCUAAUAUUUCUGUUCUAUUUAAGUACUAGUUGUUUCACUACAAAAUUAAUCCAUCAGCAAGUCUGAGUAAUGUUCAGGUUAUGGGCACUCAUUAAUUCUGUGGACUAAUGUUAAUCACACUUGUCCAUCACCAGUCUCAUGAGCACUACUGAGGAUUAAUAUCAAAAACUGACAGCAGGGACAGUGGGGUAAGAAUGGAAACAAGGAAUUGCAGCUCUGUUCUACCUUGGAUUGCUAUUCUGGUUAGGGUGACGUGCCAGUGAUUGUGGGAGCUCUUCUAGCUUAAUACAAAAUUUACUUUGAGGGGGGAAAAAAUUGUGAAACUAACUCUAGGUUCUGUAACUCAUCAGGUUCUUCUUUAAGGCUGAUUUGUGGUUUUCCUCUGAUCCUGAUAUUCACUGUAACUAUUCAGGGGGUUUUGUUCAAUAGCUGCACUCUAAAUAACAGACUUAAUACUGAGUUUUUCAGUUGCCCAUAUAUGCUUAUGUUUUUCUUCAGGUAUUGCAAAAGAAAUAUAAUAAACAGUGUGUCCUUAGAGUGACACUGUUCUGAACUAUUUUUGCCAACUGCAGUUAAUGAAUGCCUAUAUAUUUGUACCUUUCCAAUCAGGAAUUUGGAUACCAAAAGAUCAUUUUUCUGGAAGUUUUAUCAUGCAAACCUUGCAUUUUUAAUACAAAAGACAUGAAUUGAAUUAACUAGCAAGUACCCUGCAAACUUUGUAGAUGUGGUUUUGUUAAGACUGUAUAAAUUGUGAAUAUUUGUACACUUUGAAAGAGCAAAAUAAGGAAACUAGAGGAGUGUUAAUAGCUGCUGUUACACUAGAAUUCCAAGUUCUUGUGAAGCAGUUUUUUUGGCUGACUGAUACAUUAAUGCAACUGUUUUCCACUCUUCCGUUCUAAGCUGAAAUGUGAUUUUGUUUCAUAGGUGAUAGAAAGGAGUAUGAAUUUGGACAAAAUAGACAUUUCAACUUGUCAGGCUCUUCAAGGCAAAUAGGUAGAACCCAUGUCCAUGAACAUGUAGAGGAAAUCCUUUCGUGGCCUUUGUUUAUCCUCUUCUAUUUGUUCCCUCCCUUCUCCCCAAUGCGUGCAAAAAAAUCAUUGCUCAGAAUGUUGGUCACAAUCUUUUGUCUCUUCCUUGGCUGUGGUUUUGGUCUCUUGUGCAUAGGCAGGUGUUAGAACUAGAAUAAUCAUUUCUAGAAAUACACCGUGAAAGCAGAAUGCUCAAGUACACUGUGUUCUUCUGGUGCAUUUACACGUUCUAUCACACUAAAAAGUACAACUGGCUGCUAUGGUUUUUUAAUAUAUAUUUCAUUUUGGUAAGCCCCUGCCUUUUUACUAAUAUAUGACCUGGUUAAAUCUUGUUAAUCUGUUUGAAUUGUAUUUGUUAAUAAUGCAAAGAUUUCUAAUCAUCUUUAAGAGUAAAACACUUCCUUUUUGUUAAUGGUUUUGGGGAAGGAUUCUAACCAAACCUGUUUGAAGAAAAAUAUGAACAUGUGCCAUUGUAUUAUAACACUAUCCACUUUCUUGACAGUUAAAGUCCUUUUUUAUUUUUUUGUAGCAUGUAAUGUAUAUGUUCAUAGUACGUGAAGUAAAUAAAAGUAUAGCCAAAACUUUGA